AUGUUGGUUGUCGAGAAGCUACUCUCCGCGCGAAAAGACGUCGAGAGGAAUCUUGAUGGCAACUGCAAGAGGAAGGUUGGGAAGCAGCUUAUCACGAGGCUUCACUCCUUCAUCCAGGUUUCGAUGGCCAAGGGCCCCCAGCCCUCCUCCCCUCCUCUUACCCUCCAGAGGAGCAACUACAGCAGCCCGGCUGAACAAACGGCUUCAGGUUCCUAUGCCCAGGCAACUCAGCAACCCCCUCAAUCAGGGGCCACCUCAGGUCCCACCUUCCCCGCGGCUAAUACCGUGGUCUAUCGGAAGCACCAACCGCCGUGCUUUCCUGAGAGUGAACAGGAGCAGCCACGACUAGCGGAAUGCGACACCCGCUGGCAUGAUGACUCUACUGAUCGAAAAGGUCGGCUUCCUGAGAGCGGACAUUACCAAAACCUCGCUAUCGCCGAGGAGGCCAUCUCCGUCACCAAACAGAACGAGGCGAGCGCUCACUCAGUCAAAGAAUCUCCUGGUAUCUACCUGGUUGUUCUACGCUACAAGACCCCUCCCUUCAGGCCGUUCGACUUUGACGCAGCGAUUUACUCAAGAGGAAAUCAGCGCCGAAUACAAGGAGGGCAAGAAGGCGGCUUUGACCGCCAUAACCCAGGCCAGAAGCUGAGGACACGGUUAUCCCAGACGCCCCACAAGUACACCUCGGGGCCCCGGGCUCUCUCCCCCCCCCCCCACGGGGAGGACGCUGCGCCCCCGGAUCUUCGACCGACGGCCCCAGGCCGGGCCACGACAGCGCCUUCCACAUAUUUCGCCCCCCGGGAGGAGGUGAGCGACCCGUUCCUACUCCAGGAAAUCUCCAUGCCCCGAGGAGAAGCAUUGCCGGGAGAACUUCUCGAGGAACGGUUUGGCCGCGUGCCUGCCACCACCCCCGCAUAUCUGAAGGGAGCCAAGCAACCUUCUUCUGCUUCCUGGUUUUGA